UUUUUUUUUUUCUCUCCCCAGGUAUUUCUGAUGAAUCUUGCAACUGAAGCCUACAAAAAAAAUACUUGGUUGAACUGCAAAAACAUGUUCUUCCAAUUGAUGUUUAUCUGUUCAGAUUAUAUUCCUAACAUUGUCGCUGGUAACAUGCCGAAGUGUUACAUGGAACAACAGUACAUUGUACGAGACCUUUGUUGCCCUAAAUGCCCUCCUGGAAAGAUGAUUUCUGAGGAUUGCAAAGAGCAAAGGAUAACAACUUGCACAAUUUGCCCCAAUGGUACUUUCCAAGAAGGCCUUAAUCAUCAGAGGCAAUGUGUAUCUACCUGUACAAAGUGUGAUGCAGGUCUCGGUCUGAAGGUGAAGAAGUCGUGUUCAUCAACAUCAGAUGCUGUGUGUGAGGUCCUGGAUGGAUUCUUCUGUAGUGACUCUAACGGAGGUGGAUGUAGGGCCGCUCAGAGACACACGGUUUGCAGUCCUGGUCAAUACAUCGGUCAAAGAGGAACAGCAGAUAAAGACACAGAGUGCCUUCACUGUACUGAUGGAACAUUCUCAAAUGGCACAUCAUCGUCUUGUCAGAACCACAUAAAAUGUGAAUCUGUGGGACUGAAACUGAUGAAACCAGGAACUGAUUCAACUGAUUCUGAGUGUGGAGAACAUGGUCCACACAGAGGACUAGAGAGAAGACAUGUGGCAGGAAUAAUGCCAGGAGUCAUACUGGUAAUGGCUUUAAUGGGAUUAAUCAUAGCCAUUAUUCACAGGAAGGAUAAAAAGAGCGCUGAAAGUACGAGGCAAAACAUUGUGCUUCCACCGAACCCACUGCACAAUGGUACCAGAACCACAUCGGUCCCAGACAGAAAUCCAACAACCCCUCCAGGAAAUUGCCGCGUCUGAGGACCCUCCUCCCACCAACGUUUCACCGACCCUGGUUUCCGAACUAGAGUCACCCCUUUAACACCAUCAAAGCUGAGUAUAACACGCAUAACCAACAAUGACUUGGAAUCACUUUUUUGUACAGUGAAUCACACAAUUCACCAUACCUAGAGAUUGGCAUGGUUCUUUACAGUUAGCCUAAUAGCUGUUAGUUAGCCUAAUGAUUUCUCAAUGCAAAUCAAACCAGCUAAUAGGCUAACUGAAAUAAAACCAUGCCCAUCUCUAGGUAUGAUGAAGGGUAUGUGAUGAUGUCGGGCUAUUUUAAUUCCAAAGGCUAAGGGAACUUAAUCAGGAUAUAUAGUAUCCUGGAUCCAUGAAAUAACUGGAACUGGAACCGGGAAUUUAACAUAGAGGUGUCUAUACUUGCGCACCCUGUAUUUUAAUGGAGAACAUCUAUUUAUAUACAAUACAUUAUUCAUUCACAAAGCAAUUUUUUUUUCCUUAAAGGUUGGAUUUUUCCUCAUUAGUUUAAUUAAGGCAUUAAGAUCAAUUUCCGAAAGAUUAAUUUGUAUUCCUCUUUUUAGUCGACUUUAUCAUGGGUGUCUUAACUUAUGCCUACCCCUGUAUGUUCCCCAACCCUGAUGCUGUGCCCUUUGUGUGAUUACUCACAGGACAGUGACCUAGAGGACGACGUGGACGCGGUGGACACAUCCACACAGACUCCCACUACAGCGGAUCCCUCCUAUCAGAGCCACGGAGUGAAGUCCGUGGAGCGCGGGGGGUUCACCUCUAGGGUGCGCUCAGUCGUGGUCAUGGUGAAGCAAAGAGAACUCCACGGCCGUUUAGAGGAGGUGACCCAGCUACCAGGACGCCAGACACCAGUCAAAGAAUCAAUGUUUGCCAAAGGCCUCGCAUUAUUUCACAUGAAGUUCUGUCAUUGACAUUUGCUGACCUAUAGCAAUUCAUGUGCAGUUUGUUUACAUCACGUUAUGUGAGUCUUUCAGCCUCAAAGGGGGAAUGAUGUAAAUUGUUUUAGUCUAUGCUAUUUAUGACGACAUGUUUCAAGGGUCAGACUACAAACAUUUGCCAUUUCCGCUAAAGCCAUGAAAUACCAAAGGUUUACCUGGGUAAAUUAGAACAUGUAAGCGUGGCUUAUUUACCAUUCCGCCCAUUCCCAGUAUAAACUGUUUGUUUACCUGUGUUCCAGAGAUGCUUCAUGAACCACCUCCAGAACGCAAGCUUGUUUACCUUGAGUCUCUGUUAGAAUAAACCACGUGUUGAACAUU